AUGGCAAUUGCUGCCGAGGCGAAAUUCCACGUUCUGGCUGUCGAUGACAGCGUCAUUGAUAGGAAGCUGAUCGAGAGACUCCUCAGAAACUCUUCCUACCAAGGUGAGCCUCGGGAUUGAUGGCGAUGAAUAGGGUGGAGUGAGAGGAACCAGAGGAGAUGCGAGACUUCUCUCUUUUUCCUCCUAAUUCCGUUCGAUUUCUCCUUUUUAAUCUGACUGUGGGUUUCCUGUGUUCCAGUUACCACUGUAGAUUCUGGAAGCAAGGCUCUGGAGUUUCUAGGACUACACGACGAGCGCGACGUCUCCCCCACGGGGUCGCUCUACCAUCAGGUAAUCGAUCGAUCCAUGUUCUCCGAUUGGAGCUUGCUUCGUAUCAUCCCUUGUCCAUAUCAGAGGUUCAAAUCUUUGAAGCCCAAUUCUAAUCUUGAUCCUGUUUCCACCAUCUUGUUCUUCGUCACUGCCAGGAAAUUGAGGUGAACAUGGUGAUUACGGAUUACUGCAUGCCGGGAAUGACUGGUUACGAUCUGCUUAAGAAAAUUAAGGUACUUAUUUCUCAGAGCUAUGGAUUGCUGCGAUGAUCUCUAAUUUCGUAUUCCAUCUCCGCCAUCGUUUUCCUGGAGAAUUAAGGAAACCCUUCCGUUGUUGAAUCAGGAGACUUCACCCCUGAAGGACAUCCCCGUCGUGAUCAUGUCCUCUGAGAAUGUGCCUUCCAGAAUCUCAAGGUGAGCGACCAAGAAGCACUUCUUCUUACACACUCUCACCGUUCUUCUUCCCCCGCUGAAUUAUGAUAAUGAUUAUUCAUCAAUGGAGUAGAGAAAAUCUUGAAACCAUUUCUGAAACACCCCGAAAUCAUACUCCCUUUUUAGUUAAUGUUUGAGAUCUUCUCUGAACUGAGUCGCAAGCAAGAUCACUGUCCUGAGAUGUGAAUGGCUCUGGGCCGCAGGUGUUUGGAAGAGGGCGCCGAGGAGUUCUUCCUGAAGCCGAUGCAGCUAUCCGACGUAGAGCGACUCGCCCCCCACAUGAUGAAGGGCAAGCCCACAGAGGAGCCCCCACCGCCAGCACCCGUGGCGGGGGGGGCACAGCAUCCACAGAGCAGCUGCAGCGACAGCCCCGCCAUCGCCGUCGCCACGGCGCACAGUCACGGCAGCAGCGGUAAUAAAAGAAAGGCCGCCAGCGACGGAGUCCCACCGGAGAGCUCGCUCUCACCAGAGCGGACGAGGCCGAGAUUCACAGUAACAGCCUGA